AAAAACACUCCAUAAUGCAAACUGCUUAGCAAUAGCAAUUGAACAUUCGAAGGUGAACAUGUUUCUUACUUACUUACCUGAGCUGUUGAAUGUUCAGUUUGUUGGUUUACUUGCUAAAAGCCUGAUCGAGCUAUUCAGAAGAUCGCACUUUAGCUGUCGUCUCAAUAUCUACAAAAUUAAAUAUUAAAUAAGGGCAUUGUCGACGUAUAAUAUACAAAAAACAAGAAAGAAGAAACAAGCCAAAAUAUCUGGACAGUCAUGUCUUGCUCCAGCUGUUUCUUCCUGAAAUAUUUUGCUGUUUUUUGGUUGGCUUUCAGUGAUGCUCAACUUCAACUUCCUUCAGAGGGUUCGGUAAUUGUUCUUAACUCUGGUGAAACUAAAUCAAUAACAUGGAGGUAUAAUGGUGUGGUGCCUGUGUUUGCUUUUAAACGUUGGUCUUUCAUUGGUGUUGAUGGCACAAAACGUCUGGCAAGAAAAGAUUCUGGUGGAUUAGAAAAAUUUCAAGAGCUCAACAUAGACUCUACAAUAGCAGAACCCUUCACUUUGGAAUUGAGGAAUGUAAAUGAAAUAUACAGUGUAACAUACUCCUUACUUGGUCUUAAUUUUCUGGUGCCUGAGGUUAAGACUUGGUAUUUCAAUGCUGUUGAUGGCACAAAACGUCUGGCAAGAAAAGAUUCUGGUGGAUUAGAAAAAUUUCAAGAGCUCAACAUAGACUCUACAAUAACAGAACCCUUCACUUUGGAAUUGAGGAAUGUAAAUGAAAUAUACAGUGGAACAUACUCCUUACUUGUGGUUUCAAGUACAUCAGUUGCUAAAACAUCAAAAGUUGAUGUCUUAAUUGCUGUUCCACCAACAAUUGAUGUCAACUGUUCCGAUACAACAACUCUUAAUGCAAGGGCAUCUUUUUCUUGCCAAUGUAAUGCAAAAAAUGGUAAUCCACCCGUUAAAGAAGUCAAAUGGUAUAAAGGUACUCAAGUCCUUUCCUCAGGGACAGAAAUGGCAGAAUUAAAAAUUGAGCAAGCAGAUCGCUUUGACAAUGGCCAGUAUAGAUGUGAAGCAAUGGGCCACGAGAAAGCAAAAGCAGAAAAAGCAAUUGAAUUGAUUGUCAACUAUAAACCGGUCAAUAUUCAGUUGACUCUCCAGAGAGAUGGUGAUAAAGCAACAUUGACCUGCUCUGCUGAAGGCAAUCCACCACCAAGAUAUGAAAUAUUUGUUAAUGGUUCAAUAAGUGUUAUCAAUGGAUCAACACUUGUCAUAAAUGAAGUCUCCACAAAAAAUGUUGGUUAUUACACUUGUCAAGCAACCAAUAUUUUAGGUAGCCAAUUGUCACAAGAAGAGAACCUAGCUCUAAAAGACCCAAAGGCCACAAAAAGUAGUGAGGGUGGUCUUGUUGGUGGUGCUAUAGCUGGUAUUGUUAUUCUUUUGGCUGCCAAAAACAUUCAGUUUGAACUACAUACUAAAUUUUUACUGUCCCGUAAUCAUAAGUCAUUCAAACUGACAUUACAUUUGAAGAAGAUUAACUGAGGUAGAUCACUGGAUAAGUUUUCCUUUCCAGUCAUCUAAGUGAUUAUCCACUCAAGGAUAAUGUAUGGACAAUGCCAUUAACGUGGCGAAACAAUUUUUCGUUGGUUACAAAAAAUCUAAAAAUGUACAUGUUUGUGUAUUAAUGGCGUUUAUGUCUUCCAUUUAUAAUGUAUUGCCAAUUGUAACAAUACAUACAGCACGCAACAUUAACUGUGAUAUUGCUCUCUUACGUCAUAACACUUGAAUGUAAAUAAUGUUUUGAAGAAUAGAAUGCACAGAUGCCAGACAUUCUUUUCUAAUUCACGAACAAUAUGAAUAAAAUAGCUGCUUGUAGAAAUAUUAGUAUUUUUGCAGCCAGCCUAACUUUACAGAUAAA